AUGGCUGGCCCUUCAGUGAAAUUAAGACCCUGUGAACUUUGCAAUACCCGGAGACCAGUUUUGAAGCGUCCCAAAACAGGACAGAAGCUUUGCAAGCCGUGUUUCUAUCAUGUUUUUGAAACAGAAAUUCAUAAUACUAUUCAAGAGUCGAAUCUUUUUUAUCCUGGAGAAGUAGUCGCUAUCGGCGCUUCCGGAGGCAAAGAUUCAACUGUACUUGCCCACGUCAUGAAGACCCUAAAUGAAAGACACAAAUAUGGCGUCAAAUUUGUAUUACUUUCUAUCGAUGAAGGUAUCCACGGAUACCGAGACGAUUCGCUUGAGACAGUAAAAAGAAAUAAAAUUCAAUAUGAUAUGGACCUGGAGAUUGUAAGUUACAGCAGUUUGUAUGGCUGGACCAUGGAUGAGAUUGUUGCACAAAUCGGAAACAAGAACAACUGUACUUAUUGCGGAGUCUUCAGGCGUCAAGCUUUGGAUCGAGGUGCGGUUAAUCUUGGAAUCAAGCAUAUCGUCACUGGCCACAACGCUGAUGAUAUGGCUGAAACUAUUCUUAUGAAUAUGCUAAGAGGUGACACUGCACGCCUCGAUCGGUGUACAGAGAUUGUGACAGAUUCUACCGAUUCUCCAGUAAAGCGAAGCAAACCUUUGAAAUAUACUUACGAAAAAGAGAUUGUCUUAUACGCGCAUUACAAACAACUUGACUAUUUUUCUACAGAAUGCACAUAUUCACCCGAAGCAUUUAGGGGUACAGCUCGUACACUAAUUAAAAACUUGGAAGCAAUAAGACCUAGUGCCAUCAUCGAUAUUAUAUAUUGUGGCGAAUCUUUUGUGUUACAGUCAAAGGUAAACAAGCUUCAAAAGCAAUAUGAUGCUGAAUUAAAGGCGCAGAAAGAGGAACAAGCCGCACAACAGGCUACUGCACAAAAAUUGGAACAUGCAACAAGCUCGGACAAGUUUGAUAAGUCUUCUAAAAAGGAAGGUCGAUGUGAACGAUGUGGGUAUCUUUCUAACAAUACAAUUUGCAAGGCAUGCGUUCUUCUCGAAGGUCUCAAUGCUGGCCGGGCCCAGUUGCAAAUUCAAAUUGAAGGUAGUGAUAGCACUGGUGCAGAAGGAAGUGCCUUGAUCCGAAAGCAACUUGAAUCAAUUAAGAUAUAA